CAGUCUUACCGUAAGUAUUUACUGUCACAACGGAGCUUGGAACGGAAACAAUAUGAGCCUGCCGUGUCUUCUGCGUCGUGCACGUCUUUUUGGCGACUACCACUCCCUCCAACAGCGCGAAGUACGUGGUAUCAUUUGCUGCAUCGAACAAUCCCUUGUAAACAACGCCUACAUACCCUUAUUCCGAAUCAACACCCUUCCGUGUCGUGUUCAUUAUGUGGUUCCGCUGAUGAAACUACGUCUCAUUUUUUCUUUAGUUGUUCUCACAAAGCUGCGCUGUAAACAGUGACUCUAUAAGUUUUUUCCUGU